UUUGAAUAAGUGUCUUCGCAAAGGUAAAAGAAAUCAUUGAAUCCCCCGCCUUCAGAAGAGGGUACCUUUUCAGGAGGAAGCGAUGGCUUCAGACAGCAUAUUUGAGUCAUUUCCUUCAUACCCACAGUGCUUCAUGAGAGAUGCCAGCACGAGCCGCCGCUUCACGCCGCCUUCCACCGCGCUGAGCCCGGGCAAGAUGAGCGAGGCGCUGCCGCUGGGCGCCCCGGACGCCGGCGCCGCCCUGGCCGGCAAGCUGAGGAGCGGCGACCGCAGCAUGGUGGAGGUGCUGGCCGACCACCCGGGCGAGCUGGUGCGCACCGACAGCCCCAACUUCCUGUGCUCGGUGCUGCCCACGCACUGGCGCUGCAACAAGACCCUGCCCAUCGCUUUCAAGGUGGUGGCACUGGGGGACGUUCCCGACGGCACUCUGGUCACCGUGAUGGCAGGCAACGAUGAAAACUACUCAGCCGAACUGAGAAACGCAACAGCGGCCAUGAAAAACCAAGUUGCGAGAUUCAAUGACCUCAGGUUUGUCGGUCGGAGUGGAAGAGGAAAGAGCUUUACUCUGACCAUCACCGUCUUCACAAACCCACCACAAGUCGCCACCUACCACAGAGCCAUCAAAAUCACAGUGGAUGGACCCCGAGAACCUCGAAGACAUCGUCAGAAACUAGAUGAUCAGACCAAGGCCGGGAGCUUGUCCUUUUCCGAGCGGCUCAGUGAGCUGGAGCAGCUGCGGCGCACGGCCAUGCGGGUCAGCCCUCACCAUCCGGCCCCUACACCCAACCCUCGGGCCUCCUUGAGCCACUCCACUGCCUUUAACCCUCAGCCUCAGAGUCAGAUGCAGGAUACAAGGCAGAUCCAGCCGUCCCCACCGUGGUCCUACGAGCAGUCCUACCAGUACCUGGGACCCAUUGCCUCUCCUUCUGUCCACCCAGCAACGCCCAUCUCGCCUGGACGGGCCAGCGGCAUGACAACCCUCUCUGCAGAGCUGUCCAGUCGACUCUCAACCGCGUCCGACCUGACGGCCUUCGGCGACCCGCGUCAGUUUUCCGCGCUGCCCUCCAUCUCCGAUCCCCGCAUGCACUACCCCGGCGCCUUCACCUACUCCCCGACGCCCGUCACAUCGGGCAUCGGCAUCGGCAUGUCGGCCAUGAGCUCGGCCACGCGCUACCACACGUACCUGCCGCCGCCCUACCCCGGCUCGUCGCAGGCGCAGGGCGGCCCGUUCCAGGCCAGCUCGCCGUCCUACCACCUGUACUACGGCGCGUCAGCCGGCUCCUACCAGUUCUCCAUGGUGGGCGGCGAGCGGUCGCCGCCGCGCAUUCUGCCGCCCUGCACCAACGCCUCCACCGGCUCGGCGCUGCUCAACCCCAGCCUCCCGAACCAGAGCGACGUGGUGGAGGCCGAGGGCAGCCACAGCAACUCCCCAACCAACAUGGCGCCCGCCGCGCGCCUCGAGGAGGCCGUGUGGCGACCCUACUGAGGCUGCGCACGCGCUCUCCGUGCGGCCGGGCGUCGUCCCGGAAGCGCCUCUUCGGGCUCCGGCCUCGUGUGCUCGGGAAACCCGCGUGGGCCCGGACGCCGGUCUAGGGGAGCGCGCCGCU